AUGGACGGAUGGAUGACCACUUGUGUGAUCUGUCAAUUGGCCAUCUCAGCCCGACUGGGAGAAAGUAAAGCGGUCCACACAAUGGAGCGGUUUCAAGAGGAGGGAUUGCGUGAUGCUGACGCCGAGUUGGGCGCUCAGCUCAACGCAACUUUGCUUGUCCCCAACUAUCGAGACGACGUAGCCAUCCCGUCGGCGUCAGGACUCAAUCGAGUAUGGGGCUCGGAGGAGAAAUGCAUCAUUGCUCCUCCUACUCCUCUCUUACUCACUAUCUCUCUCACUCUCUCUAGUCCCUUGGCAAGUGAUGCUUGCACAGGCCGGCUUCGCAUCCAGUUGUCGGGGUGUUGGCUGGCCUCGUCACGUAUUAACCAGUCGCGGUGCAACCGAAGCGUAUCAUGUCGUCAAGUCAGUGAAGCGCCAAAUGUUCAUUGGAAUGAUCAGGCCGGAGAGUAA